UUCUGAUGGGCAUGAGAUGGGGCCAACACUCCCCUCAACACCCCUCUGCCCCUCACCUUGGUGAGCAGCUCAGAAACCCACUCAGAGGGCCCUAUGGGUCCUGGCAAGGCCCUGCAGGGGCCUCACUGGUGCUCGAUCUCCCCUUGGCUCCCAGAGCCUGUUCUCCAUCCCUCCGGGAGCUGGAGAUCAUGGUCGGGGUUCAGGGCCCGGUGUUUCCCUACAGAUAGGAGGAAGCAGCAGCCUGCUCCAGUGGUGGAAAAGCGGAGGGCUCAGUUUUCUGGGACAGUUGAAGACACACCCCCGUGAGACCCACUUUGUCUUUUUGCCUGUCCAGAGCCCCCAGCUGAGAGGAGCAGGUCUUGUGGCUGCAAUGGAAAGCGGAGGCCAGCCUGAGUCCCUCUGGGCUGGGCCGGGCUGGGCAGAGCAGGGCUGGGCUGGGGCAGAGGCAGAACACUGCUGGGCCGUUCUCUGGGGAGAGGGGAAUUGAAAAGGGAAAGCAUCUCUGAGGAGGGCAGAGAGGGAGGGAGGCCUUGUGGCAUGCACACACACACACACACACACACACACACACGCACACGCACACACAGCCGCCCUGACUUAGCCUAAGCCUCAGUCUGGAGAGCAGCAUCUUCUCUCGGCUCCUGAAGCGGCUUUCUGUUGCUUCCCCGCCCAUCCGUGCUGUCAGCAGCACCAGCAAAGUUGACCUCGAACUUGAACGGAACUGAAGUCUCUGGCUCCCAGGAGCUCUGCUGGGCAGCAGGCGGGACCCAGACUCUGAACUCUGUUGGCCUGGAGAAGCCGACCCUCCCGAUCUACAGCUGGCCCGUGCUCCCUGGGGACACUUCUGCCUCUGACCUGCAGGCCCCCCAGGCUGGGCUGAGGAAUGGUGCGCUGAGUCCCUCCGGAACCCCCUUAUCACAGCCUGGAACCGAAGCAGCCCAAGGCCCAAGCCGACAUGGCCGACCCCGUGCAGCCUCAGUUUUCCCCCAUGCGGGAACCUGGCACCGCCUCACCCCCCGACCUGCCCGAGAUGGAGAUGCUCCUCACCAAGGUGGGGGACAAGGAUGACAAGCCCCCGAAGCUGUCCAAGUCCCUGUCAGGGGCUCUGGACCUGGAGCAGAAUGGCCAUGGCCUGCCCUUCAAGGCGGCGCCCGGGGGGCGCCAGGAGGCUUCCCUUCCCCGGUCGCCCUCUCGAGCCAGCUCCAGACGAGCGUCCUCCGUUGCCACCACCUCCUAUGCCCCGGACCAAGAAGUCCCCAGAGAUUACCUUAUCCUGGCAAUCGCCUCCUGCUUCUGCCCCGUCUGGCCCCUCAACCUCAUCCCCCUCAUCUUUUCUAUCAUGUCUCGAGGUAGCGUGCAACAGGGGGACCUGGAUGGGGCCCGGAGGCUGGGACGCCUGGCCCGGAUGCUCAGCAUCAGCUUCAUCAUCAUAGGGAUCAUCAUCAUCAUUGUGGCCGUGACCGUCAACUUUGCAGUUCAGAAGAAAUAGAAGGAACCAGGCCUCUGCACUAGCAGAGCGAACCAGCUGGAGUGCUCCCAACCCACACCCCACAUACCUCGGAGGACAGGAUGUGACUGCCAAGGACCCACCUGUCCCCAAGUUCCAAAAGCACACUCUUGGAAGGAAACUCCCAAGUCACUCCAUCAUCAGUCCAUAUCAGAUGGGAAAAGCCAGAGGAAGGAAGGAAGGAAGGAAGGAAGGAAGGGAGGAAGGAAGGAAAAUUUACUGUGAAAACUGCUGAGAAAUGUGUCUAACUCCAUGGACACAGACCGACGUUCUGACUCCAGCAUUCUGGCUUUUCCUCAUCCCCACACUUUCCUGGUACCUACUGAGCAGCACAUACUGCCUGGGCAGGAGAAACCAGCCCCACGAACAAACAGGCGAACUGCAGUGGGGAGCGGGGCAGCACACUCCCUGCAUGACCAGGAGCAAAGACGUGGCACUUUCUUUAUCUUUGUAUUUUCCUGGAGGAGGGGUAAGAAGGACUGUUUGCAUGCCUUGUGCCACACGCCUGCUGCCAUCCCAGCUGCGCCCUCACUCCAGAAGCUGGGAGCCGGAGCUGACACUCAGCAUGUGGCCUGGGACCUCCGGCACACAGACGUGCAGCUGCCCUGGAAGGAGGCGAGGGCCACACCUAAAUCCCCCAUUGCAGGGUGGAGGUGGCCAGAGGAAUGCUGGCGAAGAGGGGAACCGGGACAGUUUGGCCCAUGGACCACCUCCCGAACUUUUCAGCCUUGGGAGUGUCUCUGCCAAGAACUACAACCCCGGGGAGUCUCCCAGGAUGACCCAGCCCAUCUUUUCCUCCCUCCCCGUGCGGUAGUCUGGAGCACCAACCAAGAACUCCUAGGGCCCUAACCUGCCCUGCCCUCCCCUCCCCUCCCAUUGACCAGCGAGGACCCAGGGUCCUGAGCUCUCUCCUGGCAUGGUCUGAGGUCCAAACUUGGGGCCCCAGGCAGAGUGGCUCAGAUGGCCCCCAGCCCAGCCUCACCUGAUGCUCUGAGCCUCACCCUGGCUCCUGGCCUCUGCAAACAGCAGGGGCUUUCCCUGGAGCAGGCUUUGGGAUCAGCCCUGGGACGCUUCCCCUGGGCUUCCAGGCCAUUAGCAGUGUUUGUGCUCCUGUAGGGAAGUGGGCCAGAGGGGUUUCAUGAAAGUUUAUUGUUUCUCGGUCUAGAGGAUUCCAAGACCGAGGGAAGAGCUUGGCUGAAGGAUCCAGUGUGGGGGAGUGGGAAGGGCCCCAGGUUUGGGAAUACGCCCACCUGUGGGAGGCGGGACUGGACACCAUGGCUUCUGUCUAAGGACCUCAUGGGAUGCCUGAAAGGACCGAGCAGGGCCCUGGGCUGCCCGACUGGCUUCUGGCCCCGGACUCUGCCCCACCUUCUCUUGGUACAGGCUCCGUCCACAGGGCCUCCCUGUGCCCACCUUCCCCAUUGGUUUGGCUCCCAGACUCUCGAAGGGCUGCUCCAGGCUUCCCCGCCCUGGGAGGCCCUGCCCAGCAGCUGAGGUUGCUGUGCUCAGCAGCAGGGCAGGUUCCCAGCCCUGGCCAGACUGGCCCCAGGUGGGCCAGGCAUGUUUCCCCCUUGGAGUCCCUACUAGUCUCUCCCACCUUCUGUGUAGGCCCCUGGGAGGGUGUCUGUUAGCAUUGAGCCUCUGUCUGCUGGGCACUCCGUGUCCUCAGUGCAGUCCAAGCCUCAGCGACCACCAGGAGGGGAGGGGAGCAGAGGGAUUCCUCUGGGGCAAGCUCUCCUGAGUCAGUGCCCCUCCCCUGCCCAGGGAAUAAACUCCAGCUUCCACACACCCUAAAGGACGGGCUGGUUGGAUUUGCUUUAUGGCAACUUUGAGGCAAAAAGUAAAGAUGCCCUGUUUGUUGGGGGAGUCUGGGGGUGACCCAGAGUAUUUGUGUCAUUUACAAGGUCAGGUCAGGCCAGGGGAGAUGGGGGGUCACAGGCUGAAGCUUUGGAAGGAAGGGUCCUCAGUCGCAGGUCUCCCAGCUGGCACCCCGGGGUCCUCAGCUCCAGCAUUUGAGGGAGAAGAAAGGCACCAGGGGAGACGAUGGUAGAGGUGGGGCUCCGUCUACAGCGUGUGCACAGGGCCCAGCACGCACCCAGACAUGCCCCACCCCUGAAGUCCUGUGCAGACUCUGCCACACACGCACUCACACGCAUGUGCACGCUCAUUUGUUCACACGUAAAACUCAGCUCAGGUGAGAAAGAAGCCACAGGAACAGGCACAGCUGGAACCUUCUUCCACUCAGACAAGAACAACUCGAGAGUCUUCUAGUCAUCUGAGGGCGUAGCUCAGAGGUUUCCAAGGUGUGUGGAAGGCUUGGAGGCCCCCAGAGACCAGCUCCUCCGUCAGAGGAGAGCACGGGUCCUAAGGAGGAGAAACCUUUCGGAGGUAAGACAGGGAGGGAGGGUCCCCAAUGCCCCUACCCACAGGUGGCCUGGCACCCCCAGGCCUCGCUGAAGCUGGAAGGAGCAGGGGCCCUGCUGCCCCAGCUCGGCUGUGGGCCUGGCCGCUGGCUGCAUGGACACAGUGGCCUCCUGGUGUGGUCCCGGCUCCGGGCGCUGACCUGGCCUCCUUCCGGGUCCCAUAGGGAGUGGAGAGGGCUGCCCUUCCCCUCUGCCGGCACCACACCCUCCAGUUUGCUCCUCUGUAUUUCUCAGCAUGGAAAGAAAUAAAGCUGACCAUACAUGUGCACCCCAG